AUGCCCAGCACGUGCAUCUGCCCCGCUGCUGCCGGCGGCCCCGUCUGCGGCGCCGGCGACGACGGAAAGCUGCAGCAGUUUGAAAGCGCGUGCCUCGCGCGCUGCCGGGGCGUGCAGAGCUCCCAGCCGGGCCCGUGCCCCGCGCCCGCCCCGGUGCCGUCGCCCGUCCCGGCGCCAGCGGCCGCGCCUGCGCCUGCGCCUACGCCCACACCAGCGCCCGCCGCCGCGCCCGCCGCCUCCCCCGCCGCGUUGCCGGCCGCGUCGCCCGCUGCGUCGCCCGCUGCGUCGACCGCCGCGUCGCCGUCGCCGGCCGCGCCGGUCGAGUGCGCGUGCCCGCGCGUCUUCCGGCGCGUGUGCGGCAAGGACGGGCAGACGUAUAACAACGACUGCCUGGCGCAGUGCGCCGGCACGACUGUUGCUUCGGAGGGCCAGUGCCAAGGCCCGGAGUGCACCUGCCCCCUCAUCUUCGCCCCCGUGUGUGGGAAGGAUGGCAACACGUGGGGCAACGAGUGCGCAGCCAAGUGCGCGGGCGUCAAGGUGGCGUCCGAGGGCGUUUGCGCCGGCGGCACGGGCCCCGACUUCUCUGCAACAGCCCCUCUGUCCCCAGCCGCCUCGCCGGCGGCGCCCAGGCGCCGCAGGCGCUCGCCGCGGCCCGCCGCGGUCGGGAACAUCACCGCGCCGUACGCCGCGGGCGCGGAGCCGGCCGCGGCCGGGGAGCCCGCGCCGCCGGCGGGGCUGUGCAGGUGCACGCGCGAGCUGGCGCCGAUUUGCGGGACGGAUGGGAAGACGUAUUCGAACGCGUGCGUGGGGCGCUGCAAGAACGCGACCCAAGCCUAUCCCGGGCGCUGCACUGACGUCUGCAAGGCGUGCCCCACGACCCUCAACCCCUACUGUGCCACCAGCAAGGAGUUUGGGCCCCGCACCUAUGCAAACUGCUGCUUCCUCAAGUGCAACGGCCUCAGCGCGACAGCGGACGUCGUUCUGGAGGGCAGCUGCCACAUGGACUCCUGCGGCGCCGCGUGCCUGGCCAAGGCGCGCGCGCCCGUCUGCUGCGAGGGCCGGACGUUUGCCAACGAGUGCCUGGCGCGGUGCCGCGGGGCGGCAAAUUGCAAGGCCAAGGCGUGCGCGGGCAGCUUGGCCGCGAUCGACGCCGGCGUCGGCUGCGAGCUGGGCGCGUGCCCUCGCGACUGCCACAAGCAGCCGUGGGACCCCGUCUGCGUGCUGUCCGCCCCCGGCCGCCGGGAACUCAGCCGCUGCUGGGCGCGCUGCGACCCGAAGUCGGCGAUCGUCGCGGGCGGCCCCUGCGCGGCCGCGCCCGCGGUGGUGCGGGCGGUGCGGGUCGACCCACACUUUGGGUCGUACUGA